UUUGAACUUUGAAGUUUUGACAUUUCAGAAUAACUUGAAGAUUUGGAAAGUAUUUAGGAAGUACCGAGGAAAAAUUGUACAUCUAAACAAAACCUUCUGUUAAUUAAGUCAUUCAGUCAGUCAUUAUUGGAAUCUUUAUCUUACGUUACAAAAUGGAUCCUUACGAAAUAGAGUUCAUAGGAGAAAACCGAAUCGUUAGCAUAAUACCAAAUUUUUCAUACGACAAAAUAUUCUUGAUAAGCGGUGAAUUUGGGCCGUUCCGGGCUGGUCUGCCAAUGAAUGUGCCUCUCUGGUUAGCUGUAAUGUUGAAGCAGAAACAAAAAUGUCGCUUAGUUCCACCAGAUUGGAUGGAUAUGGAUGUUUUGGAAAAUAUUAAAGAGGAAGAAAAGCUUUCAAGGUUCUUCACUAAAAUGCCAAACGAACACUACAUGGUAGAAGCAAAGCUGAUACUCGGUGCAGCAUCUGAAGACAUUCCUCGUGCCGCUGAAAUCAAGACCAUUAUUAAAGACAUAUGGGAUAUCCGCAUGUCAAAGCUGAGGACCUCCAUGGAUGCUCUGAUGAAGUCUGGGGGAUCUUACGGUAGAUUGGACCAUUUGACCAUGAUGGAGAUUAAUUCAGUUAAACCCUUAUUACCUCAAGCUAUGGAUGAGCUGCAUAGAAUGAAAAUGAUGACCAGAAAAUCAACACCGGCCACUUUGAACACUUCAACCUUCAGCCAGUCUGGAAGCUCUCAAAACAUUUGACACAUAGUCUAUAAAACUACCAAGUGUCAAGUUUAUUUUGUUGCUGUUAACAGAAAACAUUGCAGAGUGGUACUCUAUUGCUUCUAUGGUAGCAUCAAGCUAUGAUGGCAGAGCUGAAAUUAAUAUCAAGAAUCAGCGAGGCCUUGCUGCAAUAUAAUAAAGGGAGAGAAAGAUAAAUAAAGUAUCUUCAUUCCGACUAUCAUAGAAAGCUGCUACUUUCAUUCUGUUAUUUUAGUUCUUACGUUGUUGUAAAGUCUUAAAUUCUUAGAUAAGUUCUCGUCUAAAUUUCUCUUCAGUGAAAUGUUUUGACUGUACACAAAUAUCUUACCUAUAAUGACAGGUCUAAAAAAAAUGCUAUCUUCUUACACUUUAAAUGAUAGCACUACUUUUUUGACAUGUCAAUUUAGUUCUAAAAUUUGUGUACAGAAAAAUUAAGAUUUUGCUUCAAAUUAGCCGGUUUCUGCACUUAAAAGUUAUCUGUAUAUAAUGAAUUAGGGCUUUCUGAAAGGAUGAACGUUAGGUGAGAGUUUGAGAGUUUUCUAUAUAUAUUACGAAAGUUAAGCUUUUUUUGCUGUACUCCGCGAAAGGCAGGAGAAUCUGUAUGGUGUUAUUUAUAAUUCCUUCAAUAUUUAUACUCCAUUGCCGAACAGAUAAACUUCGGCAAAGUACUACGCACGUUUCGCUCCAACACCGGAGCACCCUCAGGGGAUGUUGACAUUACAAUCAAUAAUUGUUAAGUUACAUCACUGUUAACAAUUAUCAAAUUUACACCCUACAGAUUCUCCUGCUUUUCGCGGAGUAUAGCAAAUUAAGCUUAAUUUUUAUGAUAUAUCAUGGAAUUCCACAAAGU